ACCUACUUUGAUGCGAGUCGCGCGCAUACAUGUAAACUAUGCUCGAUACCGAUUUGAAAAGAAAAAAAAAUAAUUUUUUUCCUUUGAUUCAUUGAGAGGAAAUUUAAAAUUCAAAAGAAAUACCGAAUAAACGGCAAAUUAAACUGUUGAAAUAAUUUGGUGGAAAAUUUUCCGCGCACGAUUUUCAUCGGUAAAUUUUUCCCCUCACAAGACAAAAAAAAAGACUUGAACUGUUCGCGAACUCGAAUUCAUGCAAUCGAAUGACUGUUAUCACUCUGUUAACGGUUUCGUGAAUAUUCAUGUGUUUUGAUCGUUUAAAUCAUUGGUAAAAAGUGAUUCGGAAAUUUAUCAAUUUUAUCAACAAGAAUGUUUAAUUUCUUUUUUUGGGCGAAAAAAUCAUCACAUAUUUGUGAAGACAUUCGAAGAAUAUAAUAUAUUUGAAAAAAUGUGAUCGACAAAAGUUUAAGAGAAAAAAACCCGAAAACAAGAUCGAUCAAAGUUUUCAACAAAUAUUUAUAAAAACAGAGUUACCAAAAAGUGAUCAUCAUCAUUUAAAAAAAAAAAAUAACGGAAAAUCAUUCUUCGGCCACCGGGGAAAAAGUCAUUAAAGUGCAUUUAAACUGAAAGAAAAACAUUGAAAAAUAGAAUCGGAAGAAGAAAACUCAGCGAAAGUCACUGUGAAGUAAUUACAUUUGAAUUGAUCAUAAUCAUCAUUCGGCGGUAUCGAUCUGAACGAAAGUAAGAGAGACAGUGGAAGCUGAAGAAAGCACAAAAAAGACAGACCAAAGAAAAUUGACGAGUGGCGCGCGUAUGUUUAGCGAGAGUGAAGUAAAGACUCAUGUUGUGCUGCGCUCAGUUCAUGAUCAGAAGUGAAAGUUUUUCACAAAAGUAACAAUGUUCGUACAGUAGAUAUAUAUGCUCACAUCGACACAAACACACACAUAUAGACACGCACGCAUACACAUGCACACAGACAAUCGUACCCGAUUGCAAAUUGCGACAGCGCAAAAGAGAAGCAUAGACACAGCGAACAGGCACCGACGACAACGACAACAAGAGAGCUUGUGAGCCGAGUGUUGAGUGUGUUUCUUGUUUCUGGUUUUGUUAAAGUGCAACUUGAUUUAGAGUUCGCACGUAGUUUGUUGUUCGGCUGUGUUUUGUCCAAAUAUUUUAUGUGCUUGACUCUUGAUCGUGGUGUAUACUUUUUUUUCUCUCUCACUGUAAAGCGUGCUUUUCGUUUCGCUUGAUUUGAACUGUCUAUUGGAUUAAAAAAAAAUAAUAAUAAACAAUUUGUAGCUGAUUUAUGCAUUUUUUGUUGUUGAGGAUUUUACCAUAACUAUUGAAUAUAAACAAUUUUUGUUCUGGUGAUUGCAUUUGCAGCAUGAUGGAAAUAUAAUGUGCGGAAAGAAAUUGUACACAUCGUUACCGACAUUUAACUAUUGGAUUAAUUUAUAAGUUCCGUGUGAACGCAAAUGCCAACGGAAAUGCUUGAAACAGACGCAUUCAACAAACAUGAAACACUAAGUUUGAUAAGUUAAUCGCAAAUUCGGCGAUUUUGUGUUGAUAUUUUGUAGAAAAAGUGAUUGACAGCAAAGGCACAUGUGAGAUAAAGACAAUCGGUAUUCCGACGAUAAACAAAAAUUAAAAUGAAUUCAAAUCAAAUUAAAUUACUUGACUUUAUUCCGGAAACAUGAACGGAAAUUUGUGAUUUUUUUUAAAGAGAGAAAGAAAAAUAGAAGGACCUAUGUGAUUACCCCAAAGAAAAAAAACUGACCCAUAUCCAGUGAUUUCAUGAUUGAUCUUGUAACAAAGUUACUUAGACACAACCAAUUAAACCCAGUAACGAAACAAUGUGAACAUUAUAAAAAUUGAAAACAAGUGCAACAAAAAAAAAACGACGACAUCAAAAACAAACAAGACAUUGAGACAUAAAAAAACUCAAAAUAAAAUUACAGAAUUAUUUAUUUAUUCUCUUUCGUUUUGGUCGAGGAUUUCGGAUUGUAAAAGAAAAAAAAUUGAAGAACAAAAAAAAAUUAAACGAUAGGCUUUAUAAACAAAAAAUUAAAUAAAUAAAUUGUGAAAUCCAAAACACACGAACCUGGUCAUCAAAAUUUUGGAUUAGAUUUUUCCGUUGCGAAAAUUAAAUUUGAAAAAUUAAAAAAAAAGAACUAAAAGCUUCAAUAGAACGAGACCAUUUCGAUUCGUAUAUAAAGUAAAAAUGACAUCGCUAGAUCAUGAAUUAUGACACUAAGCCGAAGCCCGUAUAGCGAGCUCGAUAAAAUGAGCCUAUUUCAGGAUCUGAAAUUGAAACGAAGAAAAGUUGAUUCUCGAUGCAGCAGUGAUGGUGAAUCAUUAGCCGAUACGAAUGCUUCUUCGCCCGAUUUAAUAGUACCACUUUCACCAAAAAUGUGCGAUCAUGGUGGAUCUGUUUCAUCUCAACAACUGCACAGCCAACAAUCACACGAGAAAAAUCGCAACUCUGUGUCACCAGCAGCACUGGAUAACGACUACAAUAGCACAUCAACAGACAGUACGGCGACUGAUGUGCGUUCGGAUACAUUUAUGCAAGCAUCACCACAAAGUAGUAUAACCGUUACCGCAACAAAAAUCGAUGAUAAAAACGUGUCAACCGGCGGAUCAACGCAAGCCAUUCAAAUGUCCAUUGCCGAAAAGCAGAAUGCGAUUGUGAAUACAGUGGCCGCUGCAGCGAAUGCAAAUAUGAAUUUGAAUAAAAGCAUCAAGCUGAUCAACAGUACCAAUAAUAAUAGUGUAUUUUUAAGUAAUCACAGUGGAAAUGACCGCCGUGACCAUAUCGCGCCCAAUGAAAAUAUUAACGAUAACAACAAUAAUAACGGCAACAAUAACAAUGAUUCGAUGCCUAACACAAGUGUGAUUCGAUUGGUGGGAGAAGAGCGUUUGCCAUCGCCAACAAAACAAGCAUUUCAACCGCAAACCACAAAAUCUACAAUCAAUUCGUUUAAUGCACCGUCUCAACGAAUUAUGUCACCGCAUGCCACCGUAUUAGUUACCCCGUUGCGGAUUAAAACUGAAGCAAAUUCGCAUCAAAACAAUUGCAUAAAUGCAAACAACCAUUCAACUUCAGUAACGACUGCCAUUACAUCGAUGUCAGACUAUCGAAAAGGUAUGCCAUCGAUGCAACAUAAUACAAAUAAUACCGUACCAACCGUUGUUACAAUUGAGACCAAUAACAAUUUGAGUAACAGCCUAAGCAAUUGCAACAAUGGCAAUGGCCAUGGUAACGGAAAUACGACGACGAAUUUAAAUCACACAAAAUCAACCACAUUGCAACGAAUUGACACGGAUACAAAUUCCAAACUAAAUCCAUUAUCACCGCAAAAGGUACAAAUUGUUCAAACAACAACGCAACAACAACAACAACAACAACAACAACAACAUCAACCACCAUCAUCACGGGCUGGUCUUCAAAUGUCGGCCUCGAAAAAUUCCUUUUCACCGCAAAUACAAAAUAAUCAAGAUGUAAACAAACAUCAAAUGCCGCCGAUGAAAAAUUACAUAUUCCCGGUGAAUUUGCAUGCGGCCAUCACAAAUCCAAAUCCAAAUCGUAUCAAACGUGAACGAUCUCCAAAUCUGUCAAUCAAUCCACAAACACAAUCGUUACCAAUGUCAUCAGUUCAGCAUUCACAGGCGCCGAAUCAAUCGAUCACAACCGUUACACCAGUCACAUCAACCGGUCAAAUGUUGCAUCCAUCGAUUCAAUUACAGCAUCCCGGACGUGAUGGUGCCAUUUUAUUCCGGGUUAAAAAUGAUGCUCAAUUACCGUGUUUGAUUCAAACAAACAAUCAAAAUCGCAUCAUGUGGAAUUCAAAUACACGCAUAAAUGGCGUUAAACCGGAAAUUAUCGGUGGACCAAUACCAUUACGAUCGCCUGUUUCAAAUUCUGGCCAUACAUCGGUGUCAACGACAAAUCCGAAUGCAUCACAGCCACGCAACACACCAACCGUUAUAAUGGGUGAAAGUUGUGGUGUUCGUACUAUGGUAUGGGGCAUUGAAACCGGACCACAACAACAACAGCCACCACAUCAACAAACAUCACAAUCCAAUUCAAUUAAUCUACAAAAUCAUAAUCAGAUACAAUUGGCUGGACCAUCGAAUAACGAAGAAGCGGCCCAAUUGUUGCUGAGUCUUGGACAAAAUCGAACAAAUGAAAUGCGAUCGAUGCAACAGCAGCAAACAAUUCGUUCACAAAAUCCACUAAAUAUGGAACGCCUAUGGGCAGGCGAUUACAGUCAAUUACCCAGUGGACAACAAAUACAAGCCUUGAAUUUAAGCUCUCAACAACAAUGGUCGAAUCCAUCACAACCGAUGAAGAAUGAACAAGAAGUGCCACCAGAAGACGACGAACAACCGUUAGUUUGUAUGAUUUGUGAGGAUAAAGCAACUGGUUUACACUAUGGAAUUAUAACGUGUGAAGGUUGCAAAGGAUUCUUCAAACGAACAGUACAAAAUAGACGAGUCUACACAUGCGUUGCCGAUGGUACAUGCGAAAUAACAAAAGCGCAACGAAAUCGAUGUCAGUAUUGUCGAUUUAAAAAGUGCAUUGAACAGGGCAUGGUCUUACAAGCGGUGCGAGAAGAUCGUAUGCCUGGUGGGCGAAACAGCGGUGCCGUAUACAAUUUGUAUAAAGUGAAAUAUAAAAAACACAAGAAGUCUGGACAGAAAGUGAAUCAUACAGCCGCAACGUUGCAACAACAAGCACAACACCUACAAUCACAACAGCAUCAACAACAACAACAACAACAACAACAACAGCAGCAGCAGCAGCAGCAGCAUCAGCAGCAACAACAAAAGCUCAGCAUGAUUUGCGGUGAUACAAAUUCGUUGCUUGCAUCGCAACGGAUAAACAAUUUAAAAACGGAGAAUAUUGUCAAUAACAUCCCAUCGCAUUUGUUGAAUGGCACCAUUCUAAAAACGGCUCUAACCAAUCCAAGUGAAAUUGUACAUUUGCGACAUCGUCUCGAUAAUGCGGUCAGUUCAUCAAAAGAUCGUUCUGUUUCGUAUGAGCAUGCGAUGAGCAUGAUUCAAACAUUAAUUGAUUUCGAUGCAAUGGAAGACAUUGCAACACUGCCACAUUUUCCAGAAUUUCUGGAAGAUAAAUCGGAAAUUGGUGAUAAAUUAUGUAACAUCGGUGAUUCAAUAGUUCAUAAGUUGGUAUCGUGGACGAAAAAGUUACCAUUUUAUUUGGAAAUACCAGUGGAAAUUCAUACCAAAUUAUUGACCGAUAAAUGGCAUGAAAUUUUAGUAUUAACAACAGCCGCUUAUCAAGCACUACAUGGCAAAAAAUCAACGGCUCAAAUCAUUCAAAGUGCACAGCAUCAAAGUCAAACGCCGUUUUUGGAAAAAGACGAUCCUGAAUAUGUUCACGAGGUGAACACGCAUUUGUUAACACUACAAACAUGCUUGACUACGCUAAUGGGUCAUCCCAUCUCAAUGGAGCAAUUAAGACUGGAUGUCGGACACAUGGUUGAAAAGAUGACACAAAUCACAAUCAUGUUCAGACGCAUCAAGCUCAAAAUGGAGGAAUAUGUCUGUCUUAAAGUGUAUAUUCUACUAAACAAAGAAGUUGAACUUGAAGGAAUUCAGGAGCGAUAUAUACAAGUAUUGCGAAGUUAUUUGCAGCACACAUCACCAAAUAAUCCGGGUCGACUUGGUGAAUUGUUAGCUCAUAUACCUGAGAUUCAAGCAGCUGCAAGUUUACUGCUUGAAAGUAAAAUGUUUUACGUACCAUUUGUGCUGAAUUCGGCUAGCGUAAGGUAAAGCGGUGGUAUUCAACGAACAGUGAAACCAGUUCAAAACAUCAACCGACACAAAACCUUAUGAAUGUAAAAUCGAUUAUAUAGAUGUUAGCCGCGCAUCGAAAAAUGCUUGAGUUUUUUUUCACAUAUUUACACAUCCACACCGGCAGUACAAUGAUCGAUUUGUUCUCAUCUCACAUUAAAAAAAAAAAAAAACAACAACAAUAACAACAAAAAUUAAAUUGUAAAGAAAUUAAAUAAUACUGAAUGAAUGAAGAAAGAAAAGAAGAAAUCCUAUCGAAUUUGCUUUCGAAAUGAAAACAAUUUGAAUUGUUAUAAUGGAAAAGAAAACUAUACGAAUAUAAUAAUGAUAAUAACGAUGAACGCGAGAUGUACCUAUAAAAUUUAAAAUCAUUUUUAAACGUAAAUCGUAUUAAUUUAAAAUAAAAUUCACACACACACACAGAUACACACAUACACAAAACGCAUGUAGAAAAUUGAUAAAGAAGAAGACGAAGAAAGGGAUAAAAAACAAAUAAAAUAUAUGAAACAAUUGGAAACAGGAUUACCAGAGCAUACAAAUACAUAUAUAUUAUAUGAAUUAUAUUAUAAAAUGACUAUAUUUACACUUUGCAUAUUAAUCUAUAGUUAUGUAUUGUCGCGUAAAUAAAUGAAGAGAGAAAAAUAAAGUAAAUGAAAAUGACUAACAUUAAUCUUAUAGAUGAAUUGGAAAUGCGUUAGAUUUACAACAACAAAAAUACACACACAUGAUGAACGUUGAGAUAUAUGAAUAAUAACAUUUAAAUUUACUAAAUUAAUAUUGAAUUUGCAAAUGUUUGCAGAAUAUACAAACACAUAUACACCCACACACCCACAUACACACACACAAUGACGUGUCAAUCGAGUCGUAUCGCUUGGUUGCAUCGUCAAGCAUUUUUAUUUUUUAGAUAAAUUGAAAAGAAAAAAAAACAUUGUAAUAAACUGCGUUAUAAUUUCUCGUUUUAAUUUAAAAGAAGAUAUAAAAAAACUAUUGUAAUUACUAUUGAACUAUGAAUGUAUUUUUAAGGCGAUAUUUGUCGUUCAUUUUCAUUCUUUAUAUAAAAAAACAGCAAAUGGAAAAAAACCUUUUCUCUCUAUCUAUUUAUCUAUCUUUAUGAUCACUAACAACAACAACAAAAAAAACAGUUCACUGAUCCUCCUCACACACACAUACACAAAAGCAAAUAAGCUCACAGAUUUAAUUCUAUUUCACGUUGACAAAAAAAAAGAAG